CAUCCGGGGGGUGUGAACGUGUCUCACACUCCGGUGUAACGUGAACGGAGGCAGAGGCGAUGCCACCGCUCCUGACGUCCUGGUCCGCUCCUUCUGCUCCACUCUCGCAUUCGCUUGGACCGUCCGGGGCCUGACAGAGGCGACACACUCACACACAGAGCACAAACACUUGGACCUCCCUGGGCCUGUCUGUCUCUCCAUCACUUGUCUGUCAUCCAUCCAGAGCAGAGCCGCCUGUUGUCCGCAUCCCGAGGAGGCUGAGGUCUUUUUGUUUUCUCUCACUGAGGAAUAUUCUCACGUUUCUUCAAGCUGAUUGGCUGCAGCGACUCCCAGUUGUGGCCGGUGGGCAUGGUUUUGGAGGGAAGCUCAGAGGCGCUGUGUCCCCCCCCAUCUCUGGAGCUGCGCCCGUCUUGCAACAAGAGCCAGCCCUCUCCUCCUCUGGGCUCCAGCUCCCAACCCCAAGACGGAGUCUUUCCCGAGGACAGGGAGCCAGUCAAGUACGGCGAGCUCAUCGUCUUAGGACACAAUGGUUCGCUGGCCAAUGGAGACAAAGGACGGAGAAGAAGUCGCCUGGCGCUCUAUAAAAGACCAAAAGCCAACGGGGUCAAACCAGACGUCAUUCACAAUGUGUCCACUCCACUUGUUUCAAAGGCGCUCAGCAACAAGAGCCAGCACAGCAUCUCCUACACACUGUCCCGGAGCCACUCUGUCAUUGUGGAGUACACACAUGACACCAACACAGACAUGUUCCAGAUCGGCCGGUCCACAGAGAGCAUGAUAGACUUUGUGGUGACAGACACAGCGGGCAGCAGUGGUAGUCAGAGUGGGGGCGGAGCCGGGGAGGGCGGCGGCAGCGGGGGCCAGUCGGCCCAGAGCACAAUCUCCCGCUACGCCUGCCGCAUCAUGUGUGAGCGCAGUGCUCCGUACACGGCCCGCAUCUACGCCGCCGGCUUUGACUCCUCCAAGAACAUCUUUCUCGGGGAGCGAGCUGCCAAAUGGAGGACGUCAGACGGCUUGAUGGACGGGCUGACGACCAACGGGGUGCUGGUGAUGCACCCUGCAGGGGAGUUUGUGUCUGAGCCAGCGCCCGGAGUUUGGAGGGAAAUCUCAGUUUGUGGAAACGUCUUUGCCCUGAGGGAGACCCGCUCGGCCCAGCAGAGGGGAAAAUUGGUGGAGAACGAGUCCAACACCCUGCAGGAUGGUUCUCUGAUAGAUCUAUGUGGCGCCACCUUGCUGUGGCGGACCCCCGCUGGACUCCGCCACACCCCCACUCUCAAACAGCUAGAGUCCCUUCGCCAAGAACUGAACGCAGCGCGGCCCCAGUGCCCCGUGGGGUUCAACACUCUGGCCUUCCCGAGUCUGGCUCAGCGCGAGAUUGUGGACAAGAAGCAGCCCUGGGUCUACGUCAACUGCGGUCACGUGCAUGGGUACCAUAACUGGGGCUACCGGAAGGAGAAGGCCCCCGCUGGUCCUGGAGGCACAGCGCCAGCAAGCACCGGAGAAAGGGAGUGUCCCAUGUGCCGGCGUGUGGGCCCCUAUGUUCCGCUGUGGCUAGGCUGUGAAGGAGGAUUGUACUUAGAUGCAGGACCACCCACUCAUGCUUUCUGCCCCUGUGGCCACGUUUGCUCAGAAAAGACAGUGGUGGGCUGGAGUCAGAUCCCACUACCCCACGGCACACAUGCCUUUCACGCUGCCUGUCCUUUCUGUGGCACCUGGUUGACAGGGGAGCAGGGCCACAUCAAACUCAUCUUCCAGGGUCCCGUCGACUGAAAGCCAAGAAGAAGACGAGACAGGGAGUGAGAGCGGAGCUGCCGAGCAGAGACUGAACACACCUGGAGCACGAACAGGAAACUGACUGUUGAACAGGAAGUGACAUGCAGGAUGCGGAGUGUGGCCCCUAUGUAUGAACACACUGUAAAUAAAUGGUGUUGAAAUGGAGACCAGUGUGACGACCUUUUAUUUUCCGCU